UAAAUGAUACGGUGGAGAUUGGAUAUUGAAUUCUUGUUGUUGAUCACGCACCAGCUACACACAUAUGCUUUAAUAUGAGGUUCCAAAUAAUCAGGUAGCAAUUAUGGAAUCUCAAAAUGGAGAGCAUGAUGCUUCUAAUUUGCUCAAAGCUCAAAGUCAUAUAUGGAAUCAUAUUUUCAAUUUCAUAAAUUCGAUGUCACUUAAAUGUGUAGUUGAUUUAGGUAUACCUGAUAUCAUACACAACUAUGGAAAACCAAUGUCUCUCUCAAAACUCAUUCCUUUAUUACCAAUUCACCCUUCAAAAACUUUCUUCAUAUAUCGCUUGAUGCGAAUCAUGACUCAUUCUGGUUUUUUCUCUCAACAUAAUAUUUCAGAGAAUGAGUUAGAAACUGAGUAUGUACUAACUGAUACAUCUUUAUUGCUACUUAAGGACAAUCCAAUGAAUAUGAGAUCAUUCGUGCAUUUAGUGUUUGAUCCUGUUUUGACGAAACCGUGGCAUCAAUUGUCUAGUUGGUUAACAAAUGACGAUCCUACUGCAUUUGAAACGACACAUGGGAUGUUGUUUUGGGAUUAUGCGGAGCGUGAGUCCAAAAUUAACAACUUGUUCAAUGAUGCAAUGGCGAGUGAUGCUAGAUUGGUGAGCAGUGUUGUGAUUGAGAAGUGCAAGGAAGUGUUCAAUGGAUUGGAGUCAUUGGUUGAUGUUGGAGGAGGUACAGGGACCAUGGCAAAGGCUCUUGCCAAAUCAUUUCCACAAUUGGAGUGUACUGUAUUUGAUCUACCACAUGUUGUUGUGGGUUUGCAAGGAACUGACAAUCUAAAAUAUGUUGGUGGGGACAUGUUCAAAGAAAUUCCUCCUGCAGAUGCCAUUUUGUUGAAGUGGAUAUUGCAUGACUGGAAUGACGACGAAUGUGUGAAGAUAUUGAAGAAAUGCAAGGAAUCACUUUUGAAGAAAGGUAACGAAGGAAAAGUGAUUAUCAUAGACAUGGUCUUAGAUACUAAGAAGGGAGACAUUAAUGAAUCAGGAAAAACACAAUUGUUCUUUGAUAUGUUGAUGACGGUACUAGUCAAAGGAAAAGAGAGGAAUGACAAAGAAUGGAUUAAGUUGAUUUCCUUAGCCGGUUUUAGUGACUAUAAGAUAAUUCCAAUUUUAGGUUUAAGGUCUUUGAUUGAGGUCUAUCCAUAAUAAAAUUUAGUUAAAUAUUGAGAUUGUUAAGUUGAAUACUAAAAUAAAGAUUCGUCAUCGCAUAGUUACAAUAUUACCUCCUAAACUUCUAGUUCUAGAGGGCCUAAGUAAGUCCAUGUGUAAAAUUUGCCAUCACCUUAUAUAGUAGAAAUUUUAGUUUUUGGAUUUGAAAGAAA